UACCGGUACAGAUGUAUUAUGGGAUAUGCACAUGGCAGCGUCCAAGUGAGGGAAUGCAUGUCAACAGAAGAAUUCUGCGCUGUAUGUUCGGCGUCGUUUCGGGAGCUGCAGAUGAAUUCAGACGUUUGGGGAGGUUUCCGGGACUCCGUGUCGAACAUAUUAAACUAACACAACCCUACUUGUCACAGCCACUGCUGUCAUCAUGCCUGGGGAGGAUAAACCGUCACAACAGGCCCGCCAGAGGAAAAAGACCAAGAAGUCCCGCUCCAAGGGGAAGAGUCCCACUGGGAGUCCUAGUGCCAGCUUGGGAAGCACCUUAGACGGACAAGAUGACUUCAUCUUGCCCCCAGUCGUGCAACCUCCUCCUAAAAAACCUACGGAGGAGAGGAGGAAAGUGCCUGUUGCCAAAGUAGAGGAAGAGACAUCCAUAGCCAUCUGUCUUCAGGUGGUUUUUCCCUACUUGCUGGCUGGAAUGGGCAUGGUGAUGGCUGGCAUGGUGCUGGACAUUGUACAGCACUGGGAGGUGUUUAAGGUGAUCACAGAAGUUUUCAUCCUGGUUCCAGCUCUGGUUGGACUCAAAGGAAACCUGGAGAUGACCUUGGCUGCUCGCCUCUCUACCGCCGCUAACACAGGCCAAAUGGAUGACCCUGACAAACAAUGGACCAUGGUGUGCAGCAAUCUGGCACUUAUUCAGGUCCAGGCCACAGUGGUAGGAUUCCUCGCCGCAGUGGCAGCAAUUUGUUUAGGGGCGAUUUCCAGAGGAGGCAUUGAACUGGAACAAGCAGCUGUCCUGUGCGCCAGCAGUAUCACCACCGCCUUUGUAGCUGCUCUGUCUUUAGGUCUGGUGAUGAUUGGAGUGAUCAUCGGCUCGAGGAAAGUGGGAAUCAACCCUGACAAUGUGGCCACCCCCAUUGCUGCGAGUCUGGGGGAUUUGAUCACCCUGUCCCUGCUGGCUGGGGUCAGCAGUGCGCUCUAUGAGUAUAAAGACAUAUGGUACCUGUCGCCCCUGGUGUGUCUGGUCUUCCUCUGUCUCAUCCCGGUCUGGGUAUUGGUGGCCCGACAAAGUCCUCAGAUCAGAGAGGUUCUCCGCUCAGGAUGGCAGCCUGUAAUAGUGGCCAUGUCCAUUAGCAGCUUUGGAGGCCUUAUACUGGACAAGACAGUGAGUGAUCCCAACUUCGAGGGUAUGGCUAUCUUCACUCCUGUCAUUAAUGGAGUGGGUGGCAACUUGGUAGCCAUCCAGGCCAGCAGGAUCUCUACCUAUCUGCACUUUUGGAGCAUCCCGGGGGUGCUACCCUACAAGAUGAGGCAGCACUGGCCCAAUCCCUGCAUCACCUUCUUCUCCUCAGGGGUCAACUCGAAGUCAGCACGGGUGCUGCUGAUGCUGGUUAUACCCGGUCACCUGGUCUUCCUUUACGCCAUCUCUCUGCUACAAGGAGAGGAGGCACCUAUCACCAUAGCCUUCACUGUCUGCUACCUGUGUGCUGCUCUGCUACAGGUGGCUAUCCUCCUUUAUGUUGCUGACCUAAUUGUCCGUUUGAUGUGGAGACGGAGUCUGGACCCUGACAACUUCUCCAUCCCGUACCUGACGGCCCUGGGAGACCUGCUAGGCACUGGUUUCCUGGCUCUCUGUUUCCGCUGCGUGUCAGUGGUUCAAAGCCUGGGUCUAUAAAUUGAGUUUUUUUUCCAUUAAGAACUGCCUGCCACCAUCGUAUUGAACCCGAUUUUGUUGCAUUAACAAAAAUGCUUUUGAUUGGACAAUAAAGCAUUUUUGGAUCUUUC